CGGGGCGGGAAGGGGGCCGGAGACACAACAAACAUGGCGGCGGAGGCGGUGACGAAGACGGUGGCGGCGACGGCUACAGCAGCGGCGUUGAACAAGGCGGUGGGGGUUACUCCGUGCGGCUGUCAGGUGACCUCUGUAUGGCUUUUCAAUUUUAGUUGAAAUUCCCUCCAUGGCCUUUUGGAGUCCCUGGGUGUGUCUCCAGAGUAAAUUUCGAUUACUCUACAUUUCAUCAAUGGUGGAGUGGCACGAAAAAGGAGGAACUGAUUUGGGGUGAAAGGUAUAACGAACUGUAAACUCAGAAAAAAAAAAAAAAUUGGAAACAAAGAUGGGUGAAAAAAAACCAGAGCCUUUGGACUUCGUGAAAGAUUUCCAGGAAUACCUGACCCAGCAGACCCAUCAUGUGAAUAUGAUUUCUGGAUCAGUUAGUGGGGACAAAGAAGCAGAGGCUCUUCAGGGAGCUGGAACAGAUGGUGAUCAAAAUGGACUUGAUCACCCAUCUGUUGAAGUUUCCCUGGAUGAAAACUCAGGAAUGUUAGUAGACGGGUUUGAAAGGACUUUUGAUGGGAAGCUCAAGUGUCGGUACUGCAACUAUGCCAGCAAAGGCACCGCCCGGCUCAUUGAACACAUUAGAAUCCACACAGGUGAGAAACCUCAUAGAUGUCACUUAUGUCCAUUUGCGUCUGCUUAUGAGCGUCAUCUGGAAGCCCACAUGCGUUCCCACACAGGAGAGAAACCAUACAAGUGUGAAUUGUGUUCCUUCCGCUGCAGUGAUCGAAGUAACCUAUCCCACCAUCGAAGGCGCAAGCAUAAAAUGGUACCCAUUAAAGGCACUAGGUCUUCCUUGAGCAGCAAGAAGAUGUGGGGGGUUUUGCAGAAGAAAACAAGCAAUCUGGGCUAUAGCAGACGAGCACUAAUCAACUUGAGCCCACCUUCCAUGGUGGUUCAGAAGCCAGACUACCUUAAUGAUUUUACUCAUGAAAUCCCAAAUAUCCAGACUGACUCCUAUGAAAGUAUGGCAAAAACCACACCAACUGGUGGCCUGCCAAGGGACCCCCAAGACCUUAUGGUUGACAACCCUUUAAACCAGCUCUCCACUUUAGCAGGACAGUUGUCCAGUUUGCCACCUGAAAAUCAAAACCCUGCAUCCCCUGAUGUAGUUCCCUGCCCUGAUGAGAAGCCUUUCAUGAUGCAACAGCCCUCUGCCCAAGCAGUAGUUUCUGCCGUGUCCGCAAGUAUUCCUCAGAGCGCCUCUCCCACGAGCCCCGAACCUCGGCCAUCACAUAGUCAGAGGAACUAUAGUCCGGUGGCAGGUCCGAGCAGUGAACCAAGUGCCCACACAAGUACUCCUAGCAUAGGAAACAGCCAGCCAAGCACCCCAGCUCCAACCCUGCCCAUCCAGGACCCGCAGCUUCUCCACCACUGCCAGCACUGUGACAUGUACUUCGCUGACAACAUCCUGUACACUAUUCACAUGGGAUGCCAUGGGUAUGAAAAUCCUUUUCAGUGUAACAUAUGUGGAUGCAAAUGUAAAAACAAGUAUGAUUUUGCCUGUCAUUUUGCAAGAGGGCAGCACAACCAACACUGAUUGAAAACAAUCACAUUGGGCUUUCCUUGGUUUUGCCUUUCUGUGUUUUGUAGUGUACUGUAGUUUUUUGGUGGGGAGGGGUGGGGGGUGUCAUCCCUAAUCAGGUGUCUGCUCAUUUAAAGUUUAUACAUUACAGAGUAUAAAUUUGACAGUGGAAACAAAAUUUUUUUUUCCAUAAAAACCUGGUCAGGGUCAUUUAUGUAUUAGAACAGUGGGACACAUAGGUGUCCAAUUUUUCCUUUCAUUUAGACAUUUGAGAGUCAGAGUGCAGUCAUAAUCUUAUAGGUGGUCAUUUAAAUUUCUUACAUUUAUGGUCCAUAAAAACUUCAAGGCUGAUAGAUACUCUUGGUAUUUCAGUUUUGACAUUGCAGCUAGACGUUAUUUCUGCCAUAAUUUCAAAAUGGUGGAAUAAAUGACUUUCUCUUACCAAAUCUGUUUGAUUUCAAUGUUUAAUAGAAUAACCGCCUUUAAAAUUGCCCUUAAUUGAAAAGUAGUUAACAUAGCUUAGUUGACUCAGUAGUUUAAUUUUAACUGAUAAAAGUAACAUAAUUUCAAUGUAGUAAAUCUUUUUUUCAUAGGAGGAAAUGUAAAAUUUCAUUCUUUUAAAAUUAAAUUUAUAAAAAUAUGAGCUAAAAGUUCUGAAAAGAAUUGAAACUUAAGACUUUAAAUUGAGAGUGGCAUUUAAUAUUUAAAAUACCUGCUUAUUCAAUUUUUAGUUUAAACACACAUCAGUUCUCUCCUGGAUUCUUUUUAUACUUCUCAUUUAUUUUAAAAACUACAGGUAAAUAUGUGAGAACACUAGAAGUGUCAGAUUAUCUAUGGAGAUGCCUUUUUUAAUUUGAACCUUUAAUUUAAAUCUUUAUUCUGAUGUAACAUUUGAAGUUGAUAACUAUACUGAGUUAUUCCUUCAGUUCCUUUGAUAACCAAAGACGUACAGUGGAAGCUGUCCCUCUUAUUACUAGGAAAUGCAGUCCUUCCAAAAAAAAAAAAAAAUCAAGUUUCCUUUUCCUGCCUUCCAUCCAUUUAUUGCCCAUAAUUUUCAAGAAAAGGUAGGUAUAGAAACACAUGGGAAAUGUGAUGGUGAAACAAUAUUUAUAAAAAUGAGAACAUGUCCAAAUGAAUUCUGGUCUCCUCUUCAGAACUGGCCAUUUAAGAUGCUUUUUGUGAAUUCAGGUCGUAAUGCUUAUUUGCAGUUUUACCAGUCUUUCAUGUACAGCAAGAAAACUAUGUGGAAACUGUGAGCUGAAUUGUCGCCUUAGUAGAAGAGGUUAAAGGAGUGUGAAAAGAGACAUAAAAAUGCAUUAAACAUUUAAUUUGUUUACAAAAAUAAAACUUGCUAUAUAAAUCUAGAGUAAUUUUGAAUAGGAGGCUGUUUUUAUAUUGUGUAACAACUAGCUUACUCUGAGGACAGCUUGGUCAAACAAUAAAAUAUAUUGUUACUAACUGUUGGUUUCUGUGUACUUUGCAAAAAUUUUUAAUUUGGUUCAAAUCUUAAAAGUGUUACUAAUUGGCUUCUUUUUAAAGAGAGUAUUCCAACUAUUAAGCAUUAACUAAAAAGGACCUCUACAUUUACAGUAAAAAAUAAAAGGGAAAUAUCCAUGGUCUAUGUCCAAAAAACCCCCCACGUGCCAUGUUAAUGGAUCUUCUGCCCACCCUUCCAAAUUCUAGAAAGCCAUUAAAAUGAAUUCUUGUGGUUUAAGAGCCAGCCUGCCCCAAUCUCCACUGCACUGCUGCAAGGGCAGCGUUGGGGAGUGUCUCCAAACAACCACAACGCCUUGUCAGCCGGAGGCUGGUGAGUCUCAAGUCUAGUCUGUCCUGCUCUGUUGCUCACGCGCUACUGCUCAGAUCAGUUUUAGUGCAGCCAUUUCCAAAGUGUCACUGGGCCCUUGUGUGUAUUUAUUGUCAGAUAGGCUGUUAUCAUUUGGAAGCUUUUGCAGUUAUUUUUUUCUUCUAUUUUAUUCUUCAAGUAAAAGCAAUACCACAAAAUAGAAAGUGAAAGUUUUCAUUAAACAAAAAGGAAGAACUCUAAUGUUAAAACCAGUUUUUUACUGUAUAUUCUGGGCCAAAUAGUGACAAACAUUUUUUUCUGACAACUAAAGAUAAGUGUUUUGAAAGUGCAUUUUAACCUGAACAGGUUUCCCCCCCCCCAUACUUACAAACUAGAAUGUGUAAUUUUAAAAUUCCCAUGACUUAAAAGAGCACAGUUGGUAUUCCAAAGGUAUCGAUGCUUGAAAGCUACAGUUAAUUCUAAAUGCACUAGAGUUUUUGAAGCAAAUCUACCUUAGAAUCUUUUUUAGUGUUGUAUUUUUAAAAAUAUUUUAUUUAAAUUUUCUGAGUUAAAUUCUGUAUUGGAAAGAUGUUAGUAUCUUCCAUUACGUAUUGACUAUGUUCCUCCCAUUUUCAAUCAAAUGUUUUAUAUAAAUGAGUUGAGAAAAGUUUAACAUGCACUAUUUAUAAUACUUUGCUGUUAACAGGCAAUGUUCUGAAACUAAAUUUAUUUUUGUUCAGUGAACAUAAGUUUAGAUUUUUAAAGUUGGUAGAUAAUUUAUCUCCACUAAUAUUUUUUUAAGAAACUGUGAAGACAUUAACAGGGAAUAAUUUUAUUUCAGAUUUUACUAAUAGAGUAUGUACCUACAACUUCUUGAAAUUCAAGUAAAGGCUAGACUUUUACUUUGAAGAAGUAUCACUGGAUAUUUUCCAGUGCUAUUUCAUUUUAGAAAUGUGUUUGCCAUUCAUUUGCAGAAUUGUAUGACAAAGGGAAUAUUACUAAAAAAAAAAAAAAGUUCAGAAAUAAACCUCAUUUAAGCUCUACAAAAAUAUUUAUCAAAUGGAUGUAUUAUUUUUAAAAAUUCCCUGCUAAGGACUUUUCAUUAAAUAGUAUUAGAGGGUAUAUGAUUUCUAGAAUUUGUUUUUAAUAUGUACUUUGAUGUAAAGAACAUAUUUUGUAUGUAAAACAAAGCUUGAAUAUGGCUGCAAAACACACUAUAUUGUUUAGGGAUUCCAGAAAAGCAGUUUUAAUGCUGAAAUAACUAGUAUGUAGUUCAUAUUGUGAAUGAAGCUUUGCUUUUGUAACAUAUGAAUAAAAAAUAACACUUUCUAAUGA